AUGGCAUCAUCUUCAUCGCGGAAUAGGGUUUUAAAUCCUGGGCCGGAGGAUGGUUCAUUAUUAAGGUUUCAGUCUAUUCACGUAUCAGAGCAUAUUUGGGAUAGACGUGAGCACCCAAUUCUGAAGGUGAGAAGGAGUCAUUUCAUAUCAGCUGGCAUGGAAGGGGUUCCAAUGGAGAUUCUUCCUCAUCUGACCUUAGCUGGAUUUGUUGGGGUAGCUCAGUUGGCAUGCUUUCCUAUUGACCGACAUCUUAUUACAGCAUUGGUAGAAAGAUGGAGGCCAGAGACUCAUACGUUUCACAUGUCUCCUAGAGCAUGUACUAUAACUCUUCAGGACAUUGCUAUUCAAAUAGGGCCACCUGAUGAUGCAUUUGCAGGGAGCAAUUUGAAGUUGAGUUGGUUGGACCAACACUUUACUCAUGUUGCAAUGCAUAAUCAUAAUGAACUUCAGCUUACUCGCUUUGCUCGAGCUUAUAUUCUGAGGUUAAUAGGUGGUUUCAUGUUGGCUGAUCAUUCCUCUAGUAGGGUUCCAGUUAGGUACCUUCCAUUGCUUGAGGAUUUUACUAUCAUAGGAGAGUAUAGUUGGGGAGCGGCAACAUUGGCAUUUCUAUACCGGGAGUUAUGCAUGUCGACCAAUAUUGACCGUUCUGGUAUUGGAGGAUUAACCCCACUACUUAUGAUGUGA